CAGCUCAUUCAUUGGAUAGAAAAUAUAGGUCACUCACAAUACAAAUACACAACGUCCAGUAUUAGCAGAUACUUCGCUGUAAAAGUUAAAAAAAAAAAUACAAAGAAUCAUGGCUGAGUUCAGAAUCCAGUUCAGUCUAUCUAUGAUCAUUGCCGGGAUUCUGGCGGAGGUGGUCAGCGUAUUCUGGUACAAUAGCCACUCCCCCUGGGGACGAAGGACGGGGGACCGAUACAUGCUGGCAGCGAUUGUUUGUGACGCUGGUCUCGUUGUUGCUGUCAAGUUUAUUAUGGACUCUUUCUGGUCCGUCAGCCGUUGGGAGGAUGCUUUUGUUUUGGCGCUAACCCUGGCUGCUAUCUACGCAUGCCUAGAAGGACCUCACGUUGUUCAUAACUCUCGGAGCUUUUCUUGGUUUUUCUUCCACACUGUCCACAAAUUCUUGGUAGUCUUCGUUAUUGCCAUGGCUCUGGUUUAUUUUAGUUAUUUGGGAUAGUUUUAAAAAGUCAACCACGUCUAAUUAGUUCAUGUUGAAUCCUUUAUGUGCAUGUAACCGAUAGAAUAGAUAAAUACAACAAUACUUUCUGAGACUCGUAAUUGUUUUGUAAAUAGACCUGAUGAUAAAUAGAAACAAAGUUACAUUGCGUUAUAUGAAGUGAACGAUGUAAUGAUUAUUUUGAAAGUUUAUGUCAUAGAAAUUUUCACAUUUUAAGAAAUUCAUUACUUUUAUUUUAAAUUCAUUUAGACUUGAUUAUAUAUUUACUCCUUAAAUCUGUUUAUACAUUAUGCACAACUUUACGCAAUUGUACUUAAGUCUUUUAUAUACUCCAAUAUUAUUAUUGUUCUUUACUCAUGUAGAAUUCCACGGCAGGUCAAACCGUGUUAUUAUAUACCUCAAGUAGUCCCUUUAUACAUUAUUAUAUAUACUCUGUACAAUAUACAAUAAAUGUUGUUGCAAAUAAGUAAAAAGAAUGAACUUGUUUAUCACUGCAUCAGACUUGUUGGAAAAAAUCUAAUGAGAAAGCGUA